AAACUAUAAGCUUAUUAUAUUAAUCAUAAGCUAAGCUUAAUUAAUUGCCUUUAAAUUUUCAGAUCAGCUAAAGAAACAGAAAAAAUGAAACCAGCAGCCUCUUCCGCUUCAUCGUCAUCAUCAAUGGUGCAGCCCCACGUGCUAGCCGUGGAUGACAGUCCAUCAGAACGCAAGCUCAUCGAGAGGAUUUUCCAGGCCUCUUCCUUUAAAGUGACCGUCGCUGAUAGUGGACCGCGGGCACUGGAAUUGCUGGAUAACAUGGAGGGUAAGGUGGACUUGAUCGUGACUGACUAUUGCAUGCCGGAGAUGACCGGAUAUGAACUGCUUAAGAAAGUCAAGGAAUCUCCUAAGCUGAAGGAUAUACCAGUUGUGAUUCUCUCAUCAGAGAAUCUCCCCCGACGAGUGAAUGAUGCAGGUGCUUGGAAGGAGGAGCUCGAGAUUUCCUGUUUAAGCCUUUCCAGAUAUCUGACGUUGAGAAAAUAAUGACUUACUUAAAGUAAAUCAGCCCUCUUCUGCCCGAAUAUGUGGUACAAAAUAUGGAGAGCCGAAUUAACCAAGACAUAUAUAGAUUUAACUACGUAUCGACUGUACUAGAGAAUACUGGUAUAACCCCUAGAUAUGAUUUCGAUCUUUAUCUUAUGUAUUGACAUAUAUAUCGAAUGAUUCGAAUCAGUUUUAUUAUUAGUAAUGUAAACUCUCUCAAUAUGAAGGUUACACUUUAAAUGUGAGUUCUAA